AUGAUUCCUCCCGUGCUCAUCUUGUUCUCAAGUUAUCUCUGCCAUGUUGCUAUUGCAGGACGAACCUGUCCCAAGCCAGAUGACUUACCAUUUGCCAAAGUUGUUCCAUUAAAAAUAUCCUAUGAUCCCGGGGAGGAGAUAGUGUACUCCUGCCAGCCAGGCUACGUGGCCCGGGGAGGGAUCCUCCGGCGGUUUAUCUGCCCGCUCACUGGACUUUGGCCCAUCAACACUCUGAGAUGUGCACCCAGAGUAUGUCCUUUUGCUGGAAUCUUAGGAAACGGAACUGUACGCUAUACAACUUUUGAAUAUCCCAACACGAUCAAUUUUUCUUGCAAUACCGGGUUUUAUCUGAAAGGAGCUAAUUCUGCUCAAUGCACUAAGGAGGGAGAAUGGAGUCCGCAACUUCCUGUCUGUGCUCCUACAACCUGCCCUCCACCACCUAUACCUAAGUUUGCAAAACUUAGUGUUUAUCAGCCAUUGUCUGGGAACAACUCCCUGUAUGGAGGCAAGGCAGUCUUUGAAUGCUUGCCACAGCACGCAAUGUUUGGAAAUGACACCAUUACCUGCACAGAACAUGGAAACUGGACAGAAUUACCGGAAUGUAAGGAAGUAAGAUGCCCGUUCCCAUCAAGACCAGACAAUGGAUUUGUGAACUAUCCUGCAAAGCAAGUACUUUAUUACAAGGAUAAAGCCACAUAUGGUUGCCAUGAUACAUAUGCCUUGGAUGGACCAGAAGAAGUAGAAUGUGGCAAAUUAGGAAGAUGGUCUGCACAGCCAAGUUGUAAAGCGUUUUGUAAAUUAUCUGUUAAAAGAGCUACCGUGAUAUAUGAAGGAGAGAGAGUAAAUAUCCAAGACAAAUUUAAGAAUGGAAUGCUGCAUGGCCAAAAAGUUUCUUUCUUCUGCAAAAAUAAGGAGAAGAAGUGUAGCUAUACAGAGGAUGCCCAGUGCAUAGACGGCAUCAUUCAAAUCCCCAAAUGCUUCAAGGAGCACAGUUCUUUGGCUUUCUGGAAAACAGAAGCAUCUGAUGUAAAACCAUGCUAA